AUGAAGUCCGUGGAUUUGUACGACCCAUUCCAGAAGAAAAGAAGGAUGCGAUCAUCGGCGAUUGCUCAGCAUAAUCUACAUGUAUCUAGUGAGGAUGUAGUUCAUAGCAUCUUGGAGCCAGGGAGAGAGGAGCGCACUUACUACAACCCUUUCAUGGUUUGUUCAAGCAUGGGUGAAUAUCUAGAUGUCCUGUCAGCCCAUGAUGGGUUGCAAGACGGUAAAAGAUUGAAGAUGAACUCUGAACCGGCAGAUGACGACCGGUCACUGGACCUGGGAUUUCCUUUGUCAGAUUAUGACCAGAUGACCGACAACCACGACCAACAACAAUCAGACAUGUUGGAUAUGCAAUUUCCCACCUUGUCUGAUGAUGGACCGGUCAAAUGGUGA